AGUUACAGGUUUCAAUUUUGAACCAUAUAAUACUUUUGUGCAUAUGUGUCAUGUGUGUCAAUUUAAUUAAUUAGUGAAUGCUUGCUUAUAUGGUAAGGCAUUUGCUGAAACUUCAAUUGUAAACACACAUUUUGCAGCAUAGAGAAAUGGAAGACUACGUUAUAAAGACAAUUGUUGUUGGAGUUGUUUCAUGGACAUCAGCUUUUGUCUUAGUGAGAAGAAUCUUUCCCAAACGCUCGUUUGAUUUCUGCAACCGCGUUGUGUCGACGCUCCAUGCAACUUUAGCAGUAACGUUGGCUUGGCUCUCUGUUAAAGAUUGGAGGUGUCCAAUCUGUCCUGUGGGAUCAAAAUCUUCACCCAAACAGAUGCAAGUCCUAGCCGUGAGCCUUUCUUAUCUAAUUUAUGAUCUAGCUUGUUGUCAAUUGGAUGAAAGAGUGAAUCUAGACAACACCGUCCACCAUUUGGUAAGCAUUGUUGGAAUUGGAGCAGGUCUCUCCCAUCAAAAGUGUGGCUCAGAAAUGGUAGCGACAAUAUGGAUAACAGAGAUAUCAAGCCCAUUCUUGCAUUUGAGGGAGCUUCUAAAAGAGCUUGGUUACAGAGAUACUCUCCUUAAUUUGGCUGCUGAUAUUCUAUUUGCUGCCAUAUUUACAUUUGCUAGGAUGGUGGUCGGACCAUGUCUCACUUACGUAACUUUAUCUGCCAACUAUCCACUUCUCAUAAAGGCUAUGGGAUUAGGUUUGCAACUGGUAAGUGCAUUCUGGUUCUUCAAAAUUGUAAGAAUGAUGAAACACAAAUUAACCAAAAGAACAACAUCGAAAAAUGGACUACUAACUCAAAAUUACAAUAGAGUUGGCAAUCAUCAAGAAGGAGCGAGACACAAGGAUACUUCAAUCAGUUAAAUGCAUGUUGGCUAUUGUAUAUUGUCCAAUUCACUCUGACGUGGUUCUGAAAUGACGUACCUAAUAGGCUAUUACAACAGUGAGAAUGUAAUUUUCAAGCUGUUUGACAGCUGAAUUUGAUUGGUUUGUGCACCUGGACAUGUACAUUAAUUUUACACUAUUUCUAGUGGACAAAUCUGGUUCAUCCGGGAGCUAGACUUCCCUUUUUUUUUUAUUGACAAAUAUUAGUUGUUAAAAUGUUAGUUUUAUUAACAGGCUCGAUUUCUCCUCC